GUCGUUCCUUCCCAUCUCAAUAUGGUGUCCGAACAGAUCCCAAAGGCGGCUAGUUACCUUCUCACGCUUGCCAUUGUUUACAGCACCGGUAUCAUCUUCUAUAAUCUCUUCUUGCACCCUCUCAGCAAAUAUCCCGGCUCGUGGAUUUACACCUCCACCCCAUUUGCACGUCUAUGGCUUCACAUCUCCGGCCGCGAACCUUUUGUCGUCUCAAAUAUGCACAAACGCUACGGAACAAUCGUCCGUAUCGCACCCAACGAACUCAGCUUCAUCGACGAACAAGCCUGGAAAGACAUUUAUGGACAUAAAAACAACAACCCCAAGGAUCCUACUUUCUAUCCUUUUGCACCAGAUACAAAGAACAGUCUCAUAUUGGCGGGAGAUGAGGAUCACCAUCGCAUGCGGAAGAUGUUCCUACCUGCUUUCUCGGCUAAAGCUCUGAGGGACCAGAAUGAUAUGCUGAACGGUUACGUCCGCAAAUUGGUAGUUGUCCUGAAGCGUAAACAGAAGGGUGGAAAGGUUGAUCUGGUCCAGUACUACAACUUCACCACGUUUGAUGUCAUCGCAGAUUUGGUCUUCGGAGAGUCUCUAGGUCUCCUCGAAGCUCAAGAGUACACACCAUGGCUGCAGGGUAUCUUUGAUCAGAUCUUCCUCGCCUGUUCGUCCCGCGCAAUACAGUAUUUCCCACUAUUAUGGACUGUCGUCCAGCAGCUCAUGCCAAAGUCCAUCACAAAUGCCGCAAAUGCUUCCUUCAAACACUCAGCUGAUCGUGUGGAUAAGAGAUUGGCCAUGGACACGGAUCGGCCAGAUAUCUUCGGACUAGUACUCAAACAUAAGGACGGAGCUAGUAUGUCACGCCAGAUGAUGUACUCGAAUGCUGAUCUCCUCAUGAUUGCUGGCACGGAAACCACGGCUACUAUGCUAUCUGGCCUCACUUACAAUCUGUUGCGCAACCCUGGUCCCAUGAAACGUUUGACUGCGGAGAUCCGCGAUAGGUUUGCUACAGUUGAAGAUAUCACGAUUGAUGAGCUGCCACGUCUUCCGUACUUGACUGCUUGCAUACAAGAAGGACUCAGAACAUACCCCUCUGUCGCCGAAGGCGUUCGCCGCAAGACCAACCCUACCACUGGUACCGAAAUUUGCGGCCACUGGAUCCCUCCAAAUGUCGGUGUCAGUGUACCUCACUACGCCGCUUACCACUCUCCCCUCAACUUCGUCGAUUCCGACGACUUCAUCCCUGAACGUUGGCUGCUAGAAGACGUUGAAGGCUACUCUCCACGUUUCGCUGCCGACAAGAAGGCAGUCAUGAACCCCUUCUCCACCGGACCAAGAAACUGCAUUGGCAUGAAUCUGGCUUAUCAUGAGAUACGUCUCAUCACUGCUCAUCUGCUCUGGAACUUUGAUCUCGAGGCUGAUGAUUUGCCAAAUGAUUGGCUUGAUCAGACUGUUCAUGUUGUGUGGGAUAAGAAGCCGUUGAUGGUCAAGUUGUUGCCGAGGGAUAGGGUCAGGUUUGAAGUGACAGCUUGAAGUAAUACACAUGUGUCAAUCGAGGUUUUGGUCUCAGUCGAAUCGAGCUUUGGUCUGGCCCCCCUCUGGGAGACAACUAAAGCAUCAGUACGUAAAUAAAUCCAGUGAAUGCAGCAAGGAAACAAGAUCAUAAGAUCGACUCUCAGC